GCGAUCGAGACGCGACUCAAUGGACACGGGCUGCCUGUCAAAUAUACGAGUAUUGAGUAUUCACGCGACGCUCAUUUCAAGUGCGCUCGGCAGCGUUUUGAGGGGGAUGGUGCGAUGUCGCGCCCGACUACGGCGACUACAUUAACGCGCGUGAACCGCAUCGGGCUUCCACGAGGACCGCCGAGCAGAACCGGCAGAACAUGAACUCAGAAUCUCAAUGGCAGCGUUGUAUAUUACUGCGAUGAAAGAUGCCAAUUCUUAAGGAGCUCUGCUUCUGUUGAAGUGGUUCUGGUUCAAGAGACCUGCUAAAGCACAAUGAGAGCCAUUGUAUCAAUCGUGCUGAUCACACUGCUGUGUGGCAUAAGCUUAGCCCCUAUCAAUGCUAUUAGGAGAUGUGCCAGUAGGAAGAAAAAUGUUGAAAGUCUUUCUUCGAAGCAGAUUUCAGCAGGCGUACCUGAGGACACAUCCAAUGACCACAAUAUAAAUGAAGAUAUCAAAUUUGAGAUAUGUAAUAAUUUCUGUCAUGCCUUAUGGCAAGAAGAUAAAACGGCAAAUGGCACUGAAAUAACUAUUUUGUCUCAAGGUUGUUGGAAACAGUCUGGUGAACAAAAAUGUGAAAAUACAGAAUGCGUUGCACUCCAGAGAUCUACAAAAGCCUUGAACAAUACAAAAUUUUGUUGCUGUCAUGGAGAUUUUUGUAAUCUCAAUAUUACAAGCUCCAAUCUUGCCGAUUCGGAUAAUAAGAUAUUUAAUCCUCUUUCUUCACAAAAAAGUCAGCCAACUACAGAAUAUCUUGAACAGUCAAACUCUGAACGAUGGAUUCUUAUUAUAGUAAUCGUCAUAGCGUGUACAUUGCUAGUAAUAUGUACUAUAGUGAUGAUUAUAUACAGAACGUAUCACAACAAUAUUUUACUAAGAUUAGGAAAGCCAUUAUCUUAUAACGAUCAGUUCAUGGAUAGCACAGCAUUAAGAACUGGUACUUAUACAGUUGACCACUUGAAACUUGCAAAUAUUGUAGGUCAAGGACGAUAUGGAUCAGUUUGGCAGGGCAGUAUGGGAGAUCAAGAUGUUGCAGUUAAAAUAUAUCCAUCGCACUACCGCAAUUAUUUUCAGAAUGAAAGGGAUACUUACUGUCUACCUUUUAUGGAGCAUCCAUCGUUAUUAAGUUAUUAUGGUGUGGACGAAAGAAUAAGCAUGGAAGAUAGUAUUGAAUACCUUUUGGUACUCAGUUUUGCUCCUGGUGGUAGUUUAACAGAAUUCUUACGAGGGCACACUAUUGACUGGAAUACAUUCUGCAAAAUGAGUCUUUCUGUAGUUAAAGGACUUGCUUAUUUACAUACGGAUAUACGCAAAGGUGACAAGUUCAAGCCAUGCAUUGCACAUAGGGAUAUAAAUUCAAGGAAUAUAUUAAUUAAAGCUGAUGGUACUUGCUGUAUUUGUGAUUUGGGAUUGGCAGUUCAAAUCUCUGGAUCUAAGUAUUAUGCUAAUGGAGAGGAGCAACAUGCCGAAUUAAAAUCAAUUAAUGACGUGGGUACUCUGAGAUACAUGGCGCCAGAAGUGUUGGACGGUGCUGUUAAUUUACGCGACUGCGAAAGUUCUUUGAAACAGAUAGAUGUUUAUGCGAUGGGUUUAGUUCUUUGGGAACUUGUCACAAGAUGUUCCGAUAUUUAUAUUCCUGGGUCGGACGUGCCGCAAUAUAAACAGCCAUACGAAAACGAAAUAGGUCUUCAUCCAACUUUCGAACAGAUGCAAGUCUUAGUAUCGCGUAAUAAAGCCAGACCACUUUUAGAAGGUAACUUAGUAGAUAGACCAGGAGUGCGCUUGAUUAAGGAAACUAUAGAAGAUUGCUGGGAUGCUGAUGCUGAAGCUCGUUUAACUGCUUUGUGUAUAGAAGAACGACUUUCAGAGCUGCAGUCUCAUCGUGUAACAAUGCACUUUACCGAUGGAAGUCCAAUGGUGAAUUCUCACUGCACCUUAGUGCCUUCAACGACAAACAGUCUUUAUAGUGAGUCCUCGCAUCAUGAUAAUGUACAUGUUGUUCAACUUGCAUUAAAUAUGAUGCAAGAUAGUAAUACAAACGACAGUGCAAUAGCUGAAAACUUAGUUACAUUAUCACCAUCUGACAGCGUUGCUCAUGAACACAGUUUCAAAAAUUCGAACGAAGUAGCGACAUAUAAUCAUACUCAAACGCUUCAGCCGUAUCAAGGCAGAAAUCCAUGUAUGGAAAGAAAUUUAAUGUUACAAUCGGAUUCGUUGGAAGACUUAGGUUGUAACGGUAACGUUCUCGUCGAUAAAUCACUAAAGCAUGCGUGUAACGAUCAAUACAAAACUGGUACAGAAGCACAAGGCUUAGUUUCGCACGAUUACUUAAGUCAACAUACCACUCAAUUAACGCAGCUUAGGCCGGCAACGCCUAUACCGUAUGUUCAAAAUGUAAUUUCCGACGAAAGUUCAUCUUCGUACGGUAAGCGAAAGCAGACGAAUAUACAGGACACGUCUCUCCAAGAGAGCCCGCGGAAAAAAUUAUUUGCCUGGCCGAAUUUAAAGAAAUUGCUCAUCAACAAGAAAAUGUAUCCGUACAGCAGAUACCAAAUAGAUAGGGAAGAUUCUAAGUCAAAUUUAUUAUCGAAGCAAAAUGUCCAAAUUAAAAUUGUUGAAACGAACGUAACGAUCUCCCCUGGGGGAAAGUAUGUAAAUGGUAUCAUUGGUAAGACUUCUACUUCAGCGAUGCCGGUAGAGAAGAAUGAUAAAAAUACCGCACAAAUGAGGAAGCAAAAGCAGUACGAGAGUGAUAACACGACAUCUAACGCGCGUCCUUCCACUUUGCCACUUGUAAAUUUAAGAAACAAGAAGCGAGAAAAUAACCUAAGCAGGCAAGAAAGCAUAGAUAAAUUUAACGAAGUCUUUAACGUGGGUUCCAAUGUAAACAACGCACUGAAGGAUCCGCAUAUGAGAAUAAAAACGCCCGGUGAUUUACCGCCGUCUGUUAGGAAAAUUCGCGGUCGUGCACAAUCAACGGCGCGAUUCUCGCUUUACGACGAUCGCAUGAUGUGCAAUAUACUGAACGAGGAGGACGAUCAAAGUGACAAAGCCAUUUGGAAUUCUGUGCCAUUUGGUAUGGAUCUCGGUGAUAGUGAUGGGAAACAUUCACCAACGAAACUUGGUACCAAAAAUGUUACGUGCUUCUAAUCAGAUAUCGAUGUAUUUGUAAAGUCUUUAUGUCUAUAAUAUAGUCAGAAAAGAAUGAAUACUGUAAGGUACCUUCCUUCAGCUUCAAUUUUAUGUACAGAAUUUGUGUAUAAGAAUAAGUAAGAUUUUAUACUCGAUGCAAAAUAUAUUACUACGAUAUAGACAUUAAAUUUUAACAAUUUAAUCGAUGAAAUUUAAAAGAAAUAGGAACAUACUCGAAAGCUCGUGCUACUCGAUUUAUUUGUCACGUUAUAUUGAUAGCGUACUUUGUGCGUAAUGGAUGCUUUUGACGAAGUAGAUGAUUGGGUAUGACAAGUGCACAUAACAAUUAUAAGAUAGAAAAUAGAAAAUCAAAUUGACGUAAUCUAUAUGCGCCGGAUUCUGUGAAAUAAGUUUAUUCAUCAUAAAAUUGCUUUCAUAUAUAUGAUAUUUGUGAAUUAUCUUCUUUAUAUUCUCAAUGUUCUUUUCGAUUUAAUAGAAUUAAUGAAUUUCCAGUGUAAUUAAAUAAACAUGGACAAUCAAUAUUAACAUUUACAUCACAUUAUAAGAUAUUGUUAACAUCUCGAUGUAUAAUUGUCUUUUAUUUUUUUCCACAGCGUUUAAAAGACAUAAUCUCUGUGUAAUGUUAAACAAUCUCUUAAAAUGUCAAUACUUAUAGAAUAUUCUCCAUCUGAUAUUAUUAGCUCAAAGACUUUGUGAAAUCAUGGACGAAAGUACGUAAAGUUAAUUCUUUUGUUAUCGAUUUUAUAUGCUUUCUCUUCACUGAGAGGAGAGACUGUAUUUACUUCUUCAUACAUAUUAUAAAGUAUAAUUUAAGUUUUUAAACCCAUUGUGCAACAAGUUUGUUCAUUAAUAUGCAACGAUAUUUAUCAGAUAUAUAUAAAUCUACAAUUAAUACAAAGCCAUGGAUAUUAAUAUAGGUGAUUGUAAUUAUAAAGUAGAAAUAGUAAAAAGAUAUAUUUGAGCACAAAGUAUAAUUGUAUCGGGUUAUAUGAAAAUUAUUUUUCCUGAUCCUGUGAGCUCAUUGUAAAUAUCUAUAGUAUAAAGAAAAAAGAUUAUUCAAAUGCGUUAAACGUACUUGUUAUGUUAUAUUAUGUUGAAGAUAUCGUAAAUUCUUAUGUUAUACAUUUUGCGAUACUUUAUCGUAUACGACAUAUGUUAUUAUUGACAAAAUUAAGAUGAAUAUGAUUAUGCAAUAAUGCAAUUCAUAAUAAAGUAUGUCUUCUGUCAGCAA